GCAGCUCGGAGCCGGGGCCCGUCGCUCGGCUCCUGCAGUCCCGCGAGAGGCUCUCCCGAGUCCCCAACGACGAUCACCCGCCACACAUAUCGCGGCUCCGUUCGUGCGUUCGCUCUUCUAUUACAGGCUCUACCGCGGUAAUACAGAGUGGAGGCGUGUACUGCAGCUAGCGCAGCAACCUGGAGCCCUCGUGGGAGAGCCCACGGCUAACCGCCACUCGAUGUGAGGCACUGGUGACGGGCUAGAGCAGAGGAGAGCCGGAGGAUCCCUCCCCCUUCGGGAUGACGAUCUCGUACGCGAGCGAAGUGCCGAACGGCUCUUCCUUCGGCUGCUUCUGGAGGAUCCUGAUCAAGUGGAAAGGAUCCGUGUACAAGCUAAUCUGGCGGGAGCUCCUGGUGUACCUCUUGGCCUACUACAUCAUCAACUUCAUCUACCGAUAUGCGCUCAACGAGGAGCAACAAAAGGUGUUCGAAAGGAUUCGGUACUACUUUGGCAACUCGAGCGAGUCGAUACCCAUGUCUUUCGUGCUGGGCUUUUACGUGAGUCUGGUCGUCAAGAGGUGGUGGGAGCAGUACAAGCUCUUACCUUGGCCCGACAAUCUUGCCCUUUUCAUCAGCGCUGCGAUACCAGGAAACGACGAGCGAGGCCGACUGAUGCGUCGGAACAUCGUGCGCUACGCAGUUUUGGCCUACGUGAUAACGCUGCAGAGGAUCUCGCUGCGCGUCAAGAGGCGCUUCCCGACCCUCCAGCACAUCGUCGACGUAGGCCUCAUGAUGGAGUCGGAAAAGAAGAUAUUCGAAAUGAUGAACAAAAAGGCGGCCAUGUCCAAGUACUGGAUGCCCCUCGUCUGGGCGACCAACAUAAUCAACAGGGCGAGAAAGGAGCAGCUGAUAACGAGCGACCACGUGGUCCAGACCCUUCUGGUCGAGCUCAGUGACAUACGCAAAAGGCUGGGCGGACUCAUCGGCUACGACACCGUCUGCGUGCCUCUCGUUUACACGCAGGUGGUCACACUAUCCCUGUACGCUUACUUUUUAUCUGCUCUCCUGGGCCGACAGUUCAUAUACCAGAGCGAGGCAGGCUCUGGAUUCAGCGGCAAAUACGAGGUCCCGGACAUGUACUUCCCGUUCUUCACCACUUUGCAGUUUUGUUUUUACGUCGGCUGGCUGAAAGUAGCCGAAGUCUUGAUCAACCCAUUUGGCGAGGACGACGACGACAUCGAGCUCAACUGGCUGAUAGACCGUCACAUAAAGGCGGCAUACAUGAUAGUCGACGAGAUGCACGAGGAGCACCCGGAGCUGCUCAAGGACCAGUACUGGGACGAGGUGGUGCCCAAGGAUCUGCCGUACACGGUCGCGAGUACCAAUUACAGGAGGGAGGAGCCAAAGGGCUCGGCCGAGUACUACAAGGUCAAGGAGAGCGACGCCCUUUACGCCAACGUCACCCUUGGCAUGAACGACCCAUCGCACAACGGGCACCGUGGCAAGUCUGGCCACAUGCAGGACGACGUCUACGCCGACUACGAGAGCGUCGACACGCCGCUGGUGGAGAGGCGAAAGAACUGGCUGCAGCGCCAGAUAACGCGAAUGGGCUCGGUGCGCAGCAGCACGACGACCUACAGCAGCGGUGGCUUUUUCUCGCGAAAUCGGCACAACAGCGUAUACAGUAGCCCGGAGACGGGCCAGGCGGGCAACGGGAUGCCCCUGCAGGGCGGCCAGAACAAUCCGAGCUUCAAGAUCUCCCUCUACGACCGGCUGAGGCGCAAGAGCAUCCAGAGCCAGAGGAUGGCCGGUAGGCAGCAGGUCGUCGCCCAGACUAAGCUCAACUCCGUGCCGAUAUCCUUGAAAAAUCGGCCCCGCAUUCCAACCCCGGACGUCACGAAGGAGGUGGUCGACAGGGAACAACGGCUCGCCCUCUCGGCGAGCAACGCCGUAAGCAUCGGGGCCGGCGUCGUCGGCGUUAUCCCGCCUGUCACUCAGACUCCUUAUCAGCACAGCGGACCAGGGCACUCCAUACACGACGUUCCCGUUCUUCAGGUCGUGGUCGGCGGCAACGGGGCCACCGGCUUGGUCCUCUCCCCCAUCCAAGAGAAAACAGAGGGUACCCCGGUGUUGAGGCCGGCGGCGGCUCACCUGGCCCAGGCGGUACUGCCGCAGAGUCUCAAGGCAACGAACUUUGUCACGACGCCGGUCGCACUGCCGGUUACCAUGGGCCAACUGACGAGGUUCGUCUCGGGUAUCACGACAACAGCCUCCCCUACGACCCAUUCGGGGAUGAUGGUUGCGAGGAACGUGGGAGCGCCGAGCAGUUCGAUCGAGGUGCCCCAGGCCACUCUUACGGAACUCAGUAGCAACGGCAGCGGCGCCGAGGACGAUAGCACGGCCAGCACGAGCAUCGCGACCAGCCAACACGAUGACGGUAAGGUCGACGACGACAGUGGCUUCAAGCGCAAGUCACCGAUACUCAUGGACCCGGAGAAGCUCGACGCCGUUGUCAACUUUUCUCACCACCAGCACGACCAAAACGAUUGGAACUACCUGGUGCAAGCGAGCGAGCAGAGGGCGGCGCGGUCCGAGCCCAAGGGCAGGCGUUCCACGUCCCUGCCCGGGCCCCCAGCCACCGUGAGUAGCUUGCAGGUGCGCGAGGACCGAAGCAACUCGAUGCCACACUCCCUUGGCCCGACUCAGCAACAUAACGGCAGAGCAGUACCGGCGAGACCCGACAGUCUCGCGGUCGAGAGGCUGCGCUCGCUUCAACCGGCGGUGGGCUCCUCGCAGCCAAACAGUCCAGCGAGGCCGAGGAGUGGAAGCUUCGACCAGACGGCCAACAACAAUAACAACGACAAGGUCACCCCCGACGAGGUGCUCAGGAAGAUCAGCGUCCACGGCAAUCCCAGCAAUAGUCCGACUUCCAGCCUCCCGCCACCGAUUACCCCCAGCAAGCGCAGCGAGGUCUACGUCUGACGGUUUCUAUUUGCCUGGUGUUAGUGCCUCGUUGUUAUGCGACCCCUCAGUUUUUCCACAUGCAGCUGUGUGCUGAAAGUUUGCGGCGCGUGCAUCGGAACUAAAAUGCUUAUGUUACUAAAUUUUAAAGUUUAGUUACACGCGUUGUCCACUUUUCCAUACAUUUUUUUUUUUUUUUUGUACUUUACUACGGUUUAUUUGUAUAUACAGCCAACGAGGUAGGAGCGUCCUACACGGAAAAUUGUUGAAUCGUAGUUGAAGAAUUUAUUGGUGUUUCUUUUUUCCCUCACAAAUGGCAUACAUACACAGUCAUCGAAAUCGUUAGAUCUUUGGAUGUUUUACUCGAUAAGUCGUAAGAUAUCUAACUUUCAGUGAAUUAAAAUUGAAGAAUACACCGUCAAUCGAUCGUUUAAGUUAGUAAAAUAUGUACAGUGUUUUUGAUAAUCAGUGAUGCAAGUUGGUACAUCGAAAAAAAAAAAAAAAAUACCGUUUUAAACCUACUUCUUCAAGUUACAUACCGUCCUAUACUUGUGAUGUUUUAGUACUAUUAUCUUAUGAAGACACUAAUGUUUAAAGUUACUUCAAUUGAUAGGAGUAUAUAUUAUUAUGAAAACAAUGAUAAUUCCACUUUUACACUGUUUCGUUACAAUAAAUAUAGGUAGAUAGGUAAAUUUAAGGUGACGUUGAGUGCGUUUUUGUAUUGUAUAGUAUCAACGAGUGUCGCAAUUAGAAAAGUAAUAGAACCUACCUAACGUGCAUGUAUGUAAAUAAAAUUGAUAUUAUACGCUAAUAACGAGCGAGAUGUCGUUGCCAUAAUUACACAAGAUUUCUCGCUCGCCAUGGAUACUUAUGUGUGUAAUAGUGCCGAAUUUUUUUUAUACUCGUUGAUUCAGCCGAGAUUACAGAGUUAUGGUUUCAUUACACUGAUACGAAAAAUGAUGUAACGGAUGCGUGCAAUUUAUAUAUGAGGCCAUAAUCGCCAUACUCAUUUGUUUGUCGUGUAAUGUUUAGGUACGAGACGACAUGGAGUUUUUCUUCACGGAACGAUUUAUUCAUGUAUACUUUUAUAAGAGAGAAAAACUAUGCAGUCUGGCUACGAUUGUUGAGUUUAUAAAUAAGCAACGGUUAACGAAAUGUUAAGUUUAAUAUCAAUAUAUAGAAUAUAAUAAAAUAUUGCAUCUAUUUACGAAAAAUGAGUAGAUAUUGUUAAUUAUAUCAAUUGCAACUAGGUUAGCGUUGCAGAUGUAA